UUCGGUGUGGGUGGACACAAUGGACUUCUGACAUCCAAUAUGGGGCCAGAUAUCUCGCGUCUGUCAAUCGAAGGUGUGCGAGAAGAGCGCGAGGAGCGUGAAGAACGUGAGGAGCGGAAAGAUGAGUCCCUUCGGCCUUUGAUUGAGUCUGUUAGCUUUUGCCAUGAGAAGGAGCGAUCUGAUUGA